AAACCAGAACAAAUCACAGAUAUUACUGCUGAAUUAGAAGAGACUAAUUGCGAAAACUCUCUAAAUGAUACAGAUGAUAAAUUAUUUGAAGAAUAUAUAGACUUGGAAUUGAAUACUUUAAACGGAACCUCAGAAGAAUCAGGAAUAAUUUAUCAAGAAUUUGAACUUCCUGCUGACAAAGAAAUCUUACUGGAAAAUAUUCAAGAAUUUAUUAAUGACCUAACUCAACUAUUAAAGCCGGUAGGAAUCCUAUAG